AUGGAUUCAUACUACGAGAACAAUCUCAAUGGAGAAGAAUGCGAGGAUCCUCAUUGUCAUGGCUGUCAGAAGCCCAUAGAAGAUGGGUCCGUGGUGCAGUUUGGCGACGGCAUUUGGCAUUUUGAAUGCUUUCGUUGUGCAAAAUGUCAAAAGCUAGUUGAAUGUUACAGUAAUCUGCUGCUUCUGAGAGAUGGAAGCCCUAUUUGUGAAGAUUGUUCAUAUAGUUGUCAUGCAUGUUCAAAGACGAUCAAAGACGAAGCUAUUAUGACAGGCGACGAAGCAUAUCAUGCAGAUUGUUUUCGCUGUGUUCAAUGCAGCAAGAAGAUAGACGACCUCGUAUUCACGCAAACCAGCAAAGGCAUCUACUGUACGAAAUGCCACGAGGCGAGAAAAUUGCUAAGGCUCAAGCGACGAGACGAACGAAACAAUAACAAGGCGAACGAGACCAGUAAAAUAGCGCCCCCUACAUCACUGAACAGCAAUCUCACUAGACCUGGCCAUGCGUUCAGAAGUUCUUCCACCACAUCCAUUGUGAAUGCAUACAUUGACGAACACCUACGCACGCCUAUAUUAGAAUCCAACGAUAUCAGCGAACUGAACGAGAUGCUGAUGGGCCAGAGAAGCAGUGAAGAGACGCUCCGAAAUUCUCUUGAUCAAAGUCAUCAGCUGGAGCAAAGCAAUGACGAUACAGCACAAGUGAGGGAGCUGAAACGUGAUUUAAGCGAAACCAAAACUCGAUUAAAGGAGGUGGAGAGCAAGUUCAAUAAGAUUAAGACAAUUAGCCGAAAAGCCUUGGAUGAGUUUCACAUGGUGAAGGAUGGCUAUGCGUCUGAAGUACAAGCGAGACGAGAUGCUGAAAAUGCAAUGAUCAGGUUAAAGAGCGAACUUGUCUUUUAUCAGCAGGCCUCCAUCUUUAGUGGACAUGACUUUAUCCAUUACAGCAAAGAGGAGAUUGAGGAGCUAAACCAGACCCGUGCUGAUUUGGAGCAACUGUGCCAUGAUCUCAGAACAGAACGAGACAGCUUGGUCCAUGAGCUUGAAAACCACUCCAAAAAUAUCGAGAAACUGUUUGCAAGCCAAAAGCCUCAAGAUCUGCAUUGGGAGAGACUGCAACACGCCUACCAGCAGCAAUUGGACUCCAUGCAAAAAGACAUGUCGAAUGCAAAGAACAACUAUGCUAAGCUCAUCAAGGGUAGAGAAGAUAUCAUAUCAGACAUGAUCUUGCUCAACACCAAAAACGCUGAAUUGACUCAACUGAACAAUGAUUUAUCCCGCCGUGUGAUGGAGCGAGAGCAGGAAGCAAAGGCAGUGUUUGCAGGCAUGAGUUUCUUGACCACCCCAGCAGAGGAGAGUAAUAAUAGCAGCAGUAGCACAAGCACAAACAGCAGCACUAUGAAACAUCGAAGAAACCUUUCCACAGGAUCCAUUGGUAUCACACAUUCCACUUCCAUGACUGAAAUCAACAAUGGCAAGGCAGAAAGUUUUAUAUCACCCGCAACAGCAAAACUAGCGCAGAGGGAUAGCUUCAAUGGAUCAGCAGCGCCAAAACUGUUCAAAUUUAGACGAAACAAGAGUGGCUCUGGAAAGCACAAGAUGACCAACAGACAAAACGACGAUUUGAUUGCUGUUCCUUACGACAGCAACAGCAAUUCCAACACAAGAUCCUUGGAGCCGGUCUCAGAAUCUUUUAUGAAAAAGGAACCAGAAAACGUCAAGGCAGGAAAGCACCAUUUCGCACAACAAAAGUUCUUGAGACCUAUUAAAUGCGAAGCUUGUGGUGAAAAGAUGUGGCGAGUGAACGAAUUAAAAUGUUCAGAAUGUGGUAUUGUAUGCCACUCCAAAUGUGUCUACAGUGUUCCACAAGCCUGCUACAGAAAAUCCAGCCUGGACAACAACAGGUCAGACGCAGACAGUACAAGGCAUAUGUUUGGCAAUGAUUUGAUCAAGCAAGUGCAGGCUGAGAAGAGCAAGGUACCGCUUGUGGUUGAAAAGUGUAUUGAAUCUGUAGAAUCAAGAGGCAUGGAUUAUGAGGGUAUUUAUCGAAAAUCGGGUGGUGUAGGACAAAUGAGACAAAUUCAGCAAUCAUUUGAGAAGGGCGAAAUACCCAACCUGAUUGACGAAGAGAAGUGGAACGAUAUCUGCGCCAUUACCAGUGUUCUCAAGCAGUAUUUCAGAGAGUUGCCCAACCCGUUAUUCACUUACGAACUCCACUCCAAAUUCAUGGAUGCUAUGAUGAUUGCGAAUAGCUCUGAACAACUGCAGGCAAUGACACAGCUGAUCCAAACGCUCCCCAUCGAGAACUUCAACACACUGAAAUACCUCAUGGAACAUUUGAACCGGGUUCAAAUCAGGAGCAAGGAGAACCUCAUGACAUCCAAAAACCUUGCAGUCAUCUUUGGGCCCACAUUACUGCGAGAUCAAGAUGAAAAUCGCGAUUUGCUGGAGAUGAACCAUAAAAUCAAUACCAUUGAGUUUAUCCUAAACCACAUGGAUACGCUGUUUGUGAUUGAAACUAUCAUGGGAAGUGCUACCAAUACCAUUACGUCCCUCUCGUCUACGACACUGAACAACACGACAUCGGAUCACCGUCGCAUCCAUUUGCCUCCUCUCCAGAGAGGUGAAGAUCUUAGCACUCUUCUUGGUAACUAUCAGUCUCGUCAUGACGAAAGUACCACAGGGCAAUCAUGUUCUAGCACCAGUGCCAAUAAAACGACUCUGGCAGCAGUUCCACCAAGGCCAAAUGCAGGAUACAUCUAA